GUUAGCCCGCGACCGGCAGACGCGACGCACGUCUCGCUCCGUCAAUCGCCAAUUGUCUCACAACGGUGCCAGGUGUCGGUGUCGUGAUGUGUAAACCGUGAAGUUUCAGUGAUCAACUGUUUAUCCUGUUCAAAGUGUAUAUUUAUCCGUCAUGGGUGAAUCUUUGCUGAAAGAAGAUCCUCUAUCGAGGAUACAAAGGGAGAUAAUAGAAGUUACAGAAAGGGAGCGUGAGUUCAAAGAAGGACAUUUUAGAAUGAAUAGGCUAUUGUCCGAGUCUACAAUAGAUGUAGCCAAACAGAAUGGUCAUGUGAACGGAGACGUAACAGAAAAGCCUCAAAAGACCCUUAACAGAGCCGUUUCGACAUCUCAUUUGCUAGGGCCUAUAGCACCGUCUCCACCUCCAACGCAAACAGUCCUAAACACAAAUGGAUACACACGCCGGUUUACACCACAAACGGGUACCAAGGGUAUCAUGCAGAGAUUUAUUGCUAGUAAAGGAAAGAUAUCUGUAACAUCUCCCGUCUCGCCGACAGCGCCGGUAACUUUUGCACAGCCCUUAAUGUCUCCAGCGGCAAUCAUGCCCGUUGCAGUGGCUCCAAAUGUUAUUACACGCACUCCUGAAGGGAAGCCCGUCCGUAAGGGAUAUGUACCUGUUGAAGAAAAGAUUCAAAAGGAACUUCAAGAAAUGAAAGAUAGAGAACACGAGCUAAAGAAGAUGAGGAAAAAACAAAAGCCAUUUGAUAUCGAUCUCACCGAUAAUGAAACUAGUUCCGAAUCGGACGAAGAGGACAUUCCUUUACCAGGAAAAUUAAAAGCGACUAAGUCAAUAGGAGAGCUGUAUGAAGCCUUGAAUGAUGAGUUGCGGUCACCGUCGCCGAGGUUUAGCUCAGGGAAUGAUUCCUUAGGCAGUCUCAAGCCUGCGAAAUCCCUGGCGGAACUGUGUGAGCUAGCACCCGGUCAGGAAUUCCUCGCGCCGAGUUCAACACGUCUCAUAGCGCAGUGGGAAUCUAUGAUACAACAGAAACAAGAGGCCGGUGCUGCUUAAUUCGUUGUCGCCACUAACGGGAUAUUGUUCAAAGUCGUGUGAUCUACUUGUUUUGUAAUACAUUCAAGUUUCCUAUGUAAUGGUGUAAAUGUUAAAUAUACAUGGAACAGGUCUGUUGUGACUAACGGGGUAAAGUGAGUGCCGUUUCUUUUCCAAUAGUUCGCAAUCCGUACGGUUUUUCGUUAAGGUACAAAUGAGCUUCGAUCACAAACCGAUCAAAUGUGGAGCAAUAAAUUUUCACCGGAUCGCGAACAAUGCAAAUGUUGAUUACCCGUAUCAGCAAUUAUUUUUAGCGCAUGGUGUUGGAAAGCGGCCGACAUAUUAUGAAGUUGUUUUCGAAGUGUGAGUAAAGCAGUUUCUUCCUAUUGUUCUUAGUUGUCAGUAUACGAAAGAGGCUUUAUUUUUGCGGUGGCGCUUUCCCGUAGACACUGCGACACAACCUUGUAUUGUUCGAGUUCUCUAUUGAUACGCUGUGAAACUAUGUGUAAAAAUCGAUUAAUAGCCUUUCAAUUCGCUCUCGGGAAUAUAUUAUGGUUUUUUAUAGUGUUUAUAUAGUGUUGUAUAGCGUGUCAUUUCCGAUUCAAUAGUAACUAAGCGACUGCAGAAAUAUUUCAAACUUUUCGCAUUUAAUUGUACUUACGUUGUAAUAAUUACUGUUGUUAUCUUCAUCGUCAAUUAUUAAUCGAUGGUAUCAUACUUUUUUAAAUAUCAUAGUUUCCGUGAAGUAUAGUAUGGCCGUACUGUUAAACUUCGUGAUAACAAGAAACAUCCAUUUAAUUGAAAGUAUUAUUGGAUUUCUUUUCGAAAUUACAAUGCUUGAAACUUGAAAUGAAUGAGUGAUUUAUAUAAUUACUCAAAUAGAAAGUCAGUUUAUCAUUCUGUUCAUAAUAUUAUAAAAAAAAAGAGUUGCCUUUUUGAAAUUGAAAAGCUAUUAUUUACCCAAAUUAUGUAAAAUAAAAAUAUACCUAAUGUAUUUUAUAGAAUGAUUUCUUAUGUUUACGCGAACACACAGUUAAAUAAAACUAGUUUUUACGGACUUUAUCAUGUAUAUUAAUAUGUAAAAACUAGUUUUAUUUAAAUGUAUUUUGUAGACCUACCUACUUACAUUUUUACGCACUGUUACUAUUUGCAUUUAUUCCUAAAAAUCUGUGCACAUUUUUCACUCAAAUCAUUGGAUAUAAUACUUAUAGGUAUAUCUUCAAAGGAAUUGUCACAUAUGGGAACAGAAAUGUCAUGAUAUUUACUAGUCGAAAUCGGACUUGAAAUAUACACUAGUAGAUUUAUUUUUGUCAAGUUAAGCUAUGCGAUUGGUCUUUAGCCUCUAAUACAUAAUUUAUUUAAUUUUCCUUGUGUUCUAACAAUCUUCAAUAAUUCUAUUUUGUAAAUACCUAGUUAUACUAUUCUGUAUGUGGUCAUUAAUUUAUUUCUAAUCUGUGAAUAAAAUUAUGAAGGGGCAAUACUUUUAGAAAGUACUGUGAAAUGUUAGCAUAAUUUAUUAAUGUAAUGAAGGUUUUAAUCAGUAUUUUUCAUAAAAAUACUAUACAUAACAUUCGUUUAUUGUAUGUACCUAAAGUGUACUUAAAGACAUAAAUUAAAAAAGUUAUAUGUAGAUUGAAAUUAAAGAUAUAAUAUUUACAUGUAGAUUGAAAUAAUUUAUUUGUAAUAGAAGUGUCAAAUAGUGUGCCUUAUAUUAAAGUAGAAAUAAAUAUGUCUUGUAUGAUUUUUGAGAGAUAUAGCACAAUAAUAUUAUAUUUUAUUUAUACACAUUGUUUCCCCUCAAGAUUAUAUUGUGUUUUUUUUUAGAAUAUGACAACUUUUAAAUUUAUACAACUAAUUGUCAAUGUGAUUUUAAAAAUAGAAACUGUAUGGUUAUUGGAUACAUAAUAGUAAAGUUUUGCACCAUGGGUAUCUUUGCCACUAGAAAAUUGCCUUAUUAAUUAGUAUUUCUAGCAUAAUAAUUAAAUAGUCAAUUUUAAUUAAUUCUUAUUAGUAUGUAAUGAAGGUAUUUAAUAUUAAUUAUUGAGAUUGGUUGUCUUACUUGUUGCACUAAUGUUUACCCACAGGCGACAUGUACUAAAAAUUUUACUUACAAUAAUAUAUACUGAUAUAGGUAUAUCAGAGAAUUAUUAAUCAUUCCACAACUAUUUGGUUAUUAUGAAAGUACCUAACUACUUUAUUAUUGUAAAUUUAUUAUUAUCUACAUUAUAUUAUUAACAAUGUGAUAUCAGAAUGCCUUGAAAGUUUAAGAAAAUAUUUUGUAUAACAAUUGAAAUGAUAGAACAUUGAAAUGUCUACUUGUACAUUUACAAAUUUAAUGUUAUAUUGUGCAUAGUAGAUGAAAUAUUAAUUUAUGUUAAGGUUUUUGCAAUAAAUUUGGUUUCAAAAUCC